AUGGCACUUUUUGGCAACGUUCUUAGUCAGCCCAGUGUGGCAAAAGUUAGCGAAAGCGAAGGCAAUGGAAGCUCGGAAGAUGACAAAGGAAGAAUGAAGCAUCGAUUUUCUGAACCGUGGGAAGACAGCGACCUGAUUCUUGUGGUGGAGGAUGAGAAGUUUCAUGUUCAUCGUCUCAUAAUGAGCAUGAACUCACCAGUGUUCAAGACCAUGUUCAAAUCGCAGUUCAAAGAAGCAACCGCUAACGAGAUUUCUUUGCCAGAGAAAAAAGCGAGUGAAAUGUUGGACCUCUUAAAGCGUGUUUACUCAAACCAAAUUUAUGAAGAGCCGGUGGAAAUCACUGUGGAAAACGUGGAACAUCUUCUAAAGCUAAGCGACGAGUACCAGAUCAAGCACAUCUUUGAUGCUUGCAUCAAUUUCGUUGAAACCCACCCAAAGACAAAACAUAGUGUGGUGAAACUUCGAAAGAUGGCGACGAAUUACAACCUUGACCGUGUCCGAGACGAGUGCGACGACUUGCUCAAGAAUUUGAAGCUGACGACACUAAGUGAAAUUGUUGAUUUGAAGAGUCUUGAUCAAGAAACAUUACAAUAUUUCCUGGAGCAAAGGAUCAAGCGACUAGAAAAUGUUUUGGAUAAAGUAUGUCCUGAAUUUAUGGGAAUGGUAGAGUGUUUGUUUUGGCUGAUGAGUGAGCCGACUAAGUUUUCCGUCAGGUGGUGCGAGCAACAUGUUACUGAGGGCCAUUUAAGAUCCAGUUUUCAAAUUGAUAGUGAAGAGGUAAGACAUUGCCGUGAUUGUGGGAUUAUGUUUGAUAAAAUGCUGAGUCAGACCAGAACUCACCAGAGCAAGGGAGGAAUAUGGAAUUACCGUUAUGGAAAUUACCGAAGUUAUCAUUUUGAAGACUUGCAACAUGCCAUCGAUGAGCUCUCCAAAUUAAAACAUGAGGGUUAA